GAUACUCGCUGUGCUCACAGUUUGUUUCCUCUCUCCCGCUCAGGAAGGCCAGCUCACCUCUCCCACCUCGCACUGUACCGGCAGCACCGUACAAAUGGCCUCAAAACGUAACGUGGAGCCUCUGGAGCCUGUGAUCUUCGUCAAGCUACCUCGGCUGGAGAAGGACCCCGGCGCCAGCUUCCCCACGGGCCACUGCAAACCGGGCUCCAAACCCCAUUUUGACUACAAGGGCUCCUACUUUGCCUGCACGCUGCAGAGCCCCAAUGGCUCCAAGGCGCCCCACAUGCAACAGAGCCCCGCAUCUCCCCACCUGCACUACGGCACCGGUGCCAGCAGCCAGCCCAUGCCGGUGGAGGGACCAGGCGAGUGCUGCCCCCCCAACCCACCCGAGAGUGUGGGACCUGGGCUUCAGCCCCCCCCCAGUGCUGAGAUGGGCAGGGACAGGCCGGUGCCGGAGCCGGUGGUGGCCAGGGAGAAGUGGGGCAGCGUGGAGCCAGGGAACCCCUUCCUGGUGAGGCACCCGGCAAUGGUGAAGAGGGCACCCACCCUGGCUGUCCCCAGGCCCAUGUACAGGGCUCCUGCAUACUUCAUGGACCUCAGGGUGGCUCAGCCGCUGCAGCAGAGACCAGGCAAUGCAGACUGGGCUCUGUCUGCUGCCAGCCACCCCUUCCACCCGGGGGAGCAAAGGAGGGGACCCCACGCUGACCCCAGCCUCCCACCGCUGCACCCCGUCAUGGUGCUGCCCGCCAGGGAGAAGGUGGGCUCCCCGGCUGCCUUCUCCCCCUACUACGCUGCCUUUCAUCAGUACCGGAGCCCCCCCAAAUCCCCGUUCCUGGAUGACAGCCCCCCCAGCCAGAGGAAGGUGCCUGAGACGCACAGGCUGAGCCCGGAGCCCUGGCACAAGCUCUGUCCACCCGCCACCAGCACCGGGUACCAGGAGAGGCCACCCGAGUGUUAUCCGUCCCUCCAUAAAGCUCCCCUCCUCUUCCCCCCACCGGCACCCCACAUGGAAGCACAGCCCUCUGCCUACAGAGGCUUUGGCUUCGAGGGAAGCAGGGAGCCCUAUCCCGGCACUUACCUCAGGCCCCAAGCCCCAUGGAGAUUCUUUCCCACCCCGUCGGAUACCUACAUGCCAAGGGCAACCAGUGUAGUGGUGUUUCCCCCUUCCAAGCCAGCGGCGCUGCCGAGGGAUGUGAAGCCAUCGAGGCAAGAGGGGUACGUGCUGAGCUCCAGCUUUGCCUUCAGUCCCGGUGGCACGGCUGCAUCCAGCCCCCCCAGAGCCCACAGGGAGCCGGGAUGUGAGCAGCACCAGGCAGAAGAUCCCCGCUGGCCAGGGGUGGUGAGGCACAGCAGUGUUUUCCAACCCCUCUGCGCCCAAGAGGCGCCUGGGGGCUCCGGUGAGAUCCCAGAGGCCUUUCCCAAAGGACAAAGGGGCUUAGGGAAGCAGGAGCCUGCUAACCCAGAGAGAAGAGCCAGCCCGGCCCCCCAGGAGACCCCCCGUGAGGGACCACCGGCUCUCAUCAGCAUAGAGAAAGGAGAUACUUGCAAGGUCAAGGAUGCAACCAAGGAUCUCAUCUCUCCUUCUCCGCCUGCAUCCCUGCCAGAGGGGCCGGAAGACCCAAGGGACAGCGAGGUUCCUCCUCCCUCCCCGCCCAUGCCGGUGAUCAAAAAAGUCUUCAGCCUGGCAUCCUAUGGAGACUUCCUGGAGGAGGCCGAGGGCUCGGACUCCUUCUGCAGGGAGCACCUGUGGGAGGACGCGGACCCCCCAGACACGGUGCCCGCCGCGGCCGGCCAGGAGCUGGCCCAUAAAGGGGUGGUGCAGGGCCAAGGGGAGAGCGGGUGCAGGGGGGUCCCUGGAGAGCCAGAGCCUGAGCCCGAGCCCCAGGCCCUGGGCUCUGAGGAGGGGGCGCUGGACCUCAGCGUGAAGAAGAGAUGGGUGGAAGUCGGGGAGAGCAUCUGGAUGCUGGAUGGGGAAGAGGGGAAGGAGGAGGAGGAAAAGGGUGAAGAGAGGGAGGCGGGAGGGCAAGUGGGAACCCAGCUCCAGAGGGACCCCUUGCUGGUCAGGGUCAUCUCUUGGGACAAGAGCAGCUUCCAGAGAUCGGCCUCCUUCCUGGUCCUGCGCUCCCCCUUAGCUGCACCCAGCACCAUUCCUGCUCCAUCCAGCACCAUUCCCACUCUAUCCAGCACCAUUCCUGCUCCAUCCAGCACCAUUUCCACUCUAUCCAGCACCAUUCCUGCUCCAUCCAGCACCAUUUCCACUCUAUCCAGCACCAUUCCUGCUCCAUCCAGCACCAUUUCCACUCUAUCCAGCACCAUUCCUGCUCCAUCCAGCACCAUUCCCGCUCCAUCCAGCACCAUUCCCACUCUAUCCAGCACCAUUCCUGCUCCAUCCAGAGCCAUUCCUGCUCUAUCCAGCAUCAUUUUCGCUCCAUCCAGCACCAUUCCUGCUCCAUCCAGAGCCAUUCCUGCUCUAUCCAGCACCAUUCCCGCUCCAUCCAGAGCCAUUCUUGCUCUAUCCAGCACCAUACCUGCUCCAUCCAGCACCAUGCCUGGUCUAUCAGGCACCAUUCCUGCUCUAUCCAGCACCAUUCCAGCUCCGUCCAAAGCCAUUUCCACUCUAUCCAGCACCAUUUCUGCUCCAUCCAGCACCACUCCUGCUUUAUCCAGCACCAUUCCUGCUCCAUCCAGCACCGUGCCUGCUCCAUCCACCUCCAUUCCUGCUCCACCCAGCACCAUUUCUGCUCCAUCCAUCUCCACUCCUGCUGCAUCCAGAACCAUUCUUGCUCCAUCCUGCACCAUGCCUGCUCUAUCCAGUACCAUUCCUGCUCUAUCCAGCAUCAUUCCUUCUCCAUCCAGCACCACUCCUGCUCCAUCCACCACCAUUCCCACUCUAUCCAGAACCAUUCCUGCUCUAUUCAGUACCAUUCCUGCUCUAUCCAGCAUCAUUCCUGCUCUAUCCAGCACCACUCCUGCUACAUCCAGCACCAUUCCUGCUCUACCCAGCAUCAUUCCCACUCUAUCCAGCACCAUUCCCACUCUAUCCAGUGUCAUUCCUGCUCUACCCAGCACCAUUCCCGUUCUAUCCAGCACCAUUCCCGUUCUAUCCAGCACCAUUCCUGCUCUGUCCUGCCUCAUUCCCGCUCUAUCCAGCAAGAUUCCCACUCUCUCCAGCACCACUCCCGCUGCACCUAGCAUCAUUCCCGCUGCACCUAGCAUCAUUCCUGCUCUAUCAAGCACGAUUCCUGCUCUUUCCAGUACCAUUCCCGCUCCAUCCAGCACCCUUCCCGCUCUACCCAGCACCAUUCCCGCUCCAUCCAGCACCACUCCUGCUCUACCCAGCACCGUUCCCUCUCCACCCAGCACCCUUCCCGCUCUACCCAGCACCAUUCCCGCUCCAUCCAGCACCCUUCCCGCUCUACCCAGCACCGUUCCCUCUCCGCCCAGCACCACUCCUGCUCUACCCAGCACCGUUCCCUCUCCGCCCAGCAGCCCGCAGUGCAGCCCAGCGCCCUGCAGCAGCUCCCCCCCUGCCUCCCCGCAGCCCGGCCCCCAGCCCAGCCCCAUGGCGCUGCCGGAGCCCCCCAGCUCGGCGCCGGGCGAGGAGCCGGAGCCGGGGCCGGUGCCCUCUGCCGAGCACUGCUUCACCGCCCUGCACACGGGGCUCUGCGACCUCCUCUCGUGCUCCGUGACCCGCUCCUCCCCGCAGCGCCUGCGGGAGUGGCUCCGGAAGGCGGAGGCGGCGGAGGAGCAGGAGGAGACGGUGCCCAAAUCCCCCCUGGAAGCCAAGAACGGCUCCAGGCUCCCCGAGCAUCACAGGGCCGCCAAGGGCAAGGAGGUCUGGUUGGCUUUCCAGGACGUGCCUGCCCUCCUCGCCAACCUGCUGUCCCAGCUGGAGACCUUCAUGUUCGCUCCCUCGUGUCCUUUCCCACACGUGGUGCGGGCAGGGGCCGUCUUCAUCCCCAUCCACGUGGUGAAGGAGAAGCUCUUCCCCAAGCUCCCCGGCGUCUCCGUGGACCAAGUGCUGCAGGAGCACAAGGUGGAGCUGCGCCCCACCACGCUCUCGGAGGAGAGGCACUUGAGGGACCUGGAGCUGAAGAGCUGCACCUUGCGCAUGCUGAAGCUCCUGGCACUCAAGCAGCUCCCUGACAUCUACCCGGACCUGCUGAAUCUCCACUGGCACAACUCCAUCAAGCAGCAGCUGGGUUCAAUCUCGACGGCUGGCAAGAAUCCCUCCAAGUAGGUAGUCCUGGCAUGGAGGUUCUGAUGGCAAAGUGAUAGCUAUGGAUAGCACAAAGAAAAAGGAGGCAUGAAGGAAUGUGCCGAUGGCAGGAGCCGAGCUGCCUGUGAUGCAGAUGCUGAGGAUGGGGACAGGUCCUCCAGGAUGCUGAUGCCUGGAACAGGGAUGCUCCAGGGUGAUGCCCUGGCUGGUGUGGUACCCAUAGGAAUGCGCUCAAGCCCCUCACAGCAGCUGGAGCUGCAUUUCUUUCCAUGCCUCAUCUUGUAGAGCAUCUCCCACCUCCAUCCAUGACCAGCCCGGUUGCAGCUGGAGAACCAGGAGGGAAUGAUUGGAGUUCCAAUGGAGCGGCUCCAAGGGGAGCAUGGCAGUGGCCACAGAAGACUGGCUGCUGCAGGGAUGAUUUACCACAUCCCCUCCUCUCUGCUCUGACUCGCCUCUGCUGCUUUACACACUCCGUUCCCAAUAAAGAAACCUUCCUCCUGGCUUUGAAUCUUUCCAGGGCUCUGGAGAUUUAACCCAUCUCAACUGGUCAAGGGAACCGCGACGUCGGGAGUCCCAGGACUGAUUUUCUUCUUGUUUUAAAUGAAGACAUUUUUUAACUGUUCUGAAUUUACCUUUAUAAGGAGCUGCUGCCUUCGGGUUAUGUGGGGUUUGUAUAAAAGUAGAGUAAUUUAUACUUGUGGUUUAUUUGAACUCGUGGUUUCUCCUCUUCCCUGCCGGACCAGUGGGAGCUUGUUGGGGCCAAGGGUUUCGGUCCCAAUCGGAGCUUAAAAUAGCUGCAAGAAGGCUUUAAAGGCAGCUAAAGAAGCUCAGCUCACUGCACCACGCACAUCCCAGCUGUCCCAAUGGAGAACAUGGGGCAUCCACGAGGGACAACCUUGAUGGAGAUGUGGUGAUGCCGGAGGGGCGGGAGAGGGGAGCGAUGCAGCGAGACCUUGGGAGGAGAGAUGCUUUCAUCCCUGCAUGGGCUGAUGGAAAGUUGAUGGGGAUCCCGGGAGGAAUCCUGCCAGCCUGCACGCCCCUUGCCCGGUCUGCAGCAGCAGGACACAGCAGAGACCUUACAAACUCAACACUCGGGCGUUCUUCCGGCUGAUUCUGGGCGCGGAGGAGCAAAACAAGGAUUUAUUGUUCUUUUGUAUUUCACUACAGGAAAUAUUUAUUUUAAAACAAACAAAAAAAGCCAACUAAAAAUAAGAAAAACCCCACCAGAGACUGCGGUUUGAUCCGUGUGUUUCUGGUUUUCCAUUGGGAUGUGCUGGCCAUGGAUGGGAUAGGGAAGGAGGGAUGCAGCUCCCCCUUGCCAUCCACACGUGUGCAUAGCAUUGUAAAGCAGUGCUUGUUGAUAAUACUGUAUUUUUUGUACAUGUCUAUAUAUAUAUGAGAGGUUCCAGGGAAGAAAGUUCCUUCACUUUAUUUAAUGUUUUGUAAGAACAUGGAUUCUAAGAGGUGCCUUGCCUGAAUAAAAGGGUUUGGUUCAUUUCCA